GGGAAAUCAUCAUGCGAGUGAUGUGUGUCAUGGCAUGGUUGAUCGUACACUUCUUUCUUAUAUAUAUUUUCUAUAUGGUAUCCUAUAGUUCUUCAAGCUCAAAAAUUGUUACAAUAGUGGGUUUAUUGCUGGCUUUGACACUUGAAGUGAUUGCCUACCACUACAUGCUGAAAGUUCGAAAAGAUGACAAACCUAAGGAAAAACAGAAAAAGAAAAAAGUUGAUGAGAAAUUACCUCUUCCCUUACCUUCUUCUGCAUCAUUGUCAUCGUCAUCUUCGUCAUUGUCAUCGACAUCGUCUUCUUCCUCUUCGUUGGCUCGAGAACAUGGAGCUAUAAGAAGGGGUAGAGAAGAUUAUUCGCUGUAUCCAACUGUCAGAAGGACAAAUACAACGAUCAGAUCCGCUUUUGAUCCUCGAUACGAGACCCCUACUUCGAUUCAGGCUCUUUCGAAUAAUGCUAGAGAAUAUAAUAUAUUUUCACCAGUCGGGAAAGGCGGCCGCAAAAAUUCUGCGGAAACUGUAUGGCCCAACAAGGAAUUUUUUAAUGAGAUAAUGAAAGCUUCAUGGAACAAUAAGGAACGUUACACAAAAGCAACAGCAAUGUCAGAAAGACUUGCUCCUGAUGAAGACGGAAAUAGAAGAUUGAAUGACAAAAAUGUGAGAAAAGCUAUGAGAAACAAUCCCUUAAACAUCUCUCGAGAACGAAAUAUCAUACAUUGUCCGAUCCCUCUAAAAAAGGUAACGAACGCUCAAAGAGUUGCAACACGAAGAAGUGAUCUCGAAUAUAAGCCACCUUCAGACGAAAGAAGAGCUGAUGAAGAAAUGAAAGGAGGAAGAGAGAGCGGCCAUGAAAUAUUCAAUGCAAAAGCUUCGGCUUCCGGAAAGCAGAAUCCAACUGAGGAGAAGAUCCUUGAAAAAAUCCAGGCCUUCGACGACUACGUAAAAUCAUCUGGACUAAUACUCUUGACUUCCGGAGGAAAAGUAUCAAAAGGACAACGCCGAAGAACAAUUGCAUUGGGAGUGAAAUUGACGGAUUAUAUGAAAAAAUACGUUCCAGGUAGCCUAAAUUCAGUUGAUUUCUCUGAUGAAAGUUACGAAAGAAAGUGGGAGGAUUUUCAUUCAGAAAUAUCAGAUAUGAAUGGUUAAGAAUUUUUUUUAUUUAUUAAUUAAUUGAUUACUUUUUAUUUAUUUUAUAUAAAUAGUUAAAUUAGAAAAUUCGGCAACAACUGAUUCGGCCUUUGAAGAGAGAAGAGUUUUAGAGACUUCCAUCCAUCGUCGAAGAAGUUUUGAUAUUCUACCCCGCCGUGAAGAUCUAAAUUCAUUUAUCAAAGAAACUAACACGAACACUAAGAGUACGGAGAUUGAGACAAAGAAUCAAUCGAAUUCGAUUGCUGUAAAUAAUGACAUACCGGAGAGAGCCACAAUUGAUGACGAUUAUGAUUACGAAAACGAAUAUGACUAUAUCGAUGAAGUCGAUAACUUCGAGGAUGAAGAAGUUUCGAUGAUCAUGAAAAGGAGUUAGAAAGGACGAAUUUUCUUAUUUUUAUUUUCAAAGAGAAAACUAUCAAUCUCCAUUGUGUAAAAAACAAUAUGCAAAAAUAUCGUACAGUAUAUAUAAAACGUAUUUAUCUGUAAUUAGAGAGGAAUUGAACGUUCUUGUUGUAAACUGUAGGAAUGUAGUACAUUAGAUGUGAAAAUUUUAUUCUUAAUGUAUGUGAAAUAGCAUAAAUAAAAUAUUAGAAAAG